AUGUUUGGGAAACAAGACAAAAUGGACGUUAGAUGCAAUCCCGAGAUCGAAGGCACCCGGGUCUCCAAGAACGGACAUAAAGAGGGCAAGGAAAGCAAAGGAUGCGAAGGGAAUAUCCCGGCUUCUUUUUUGAAGGAUCAACAGGGGACUUUCUCAGCCUCCGGCGUCUCCGAAGACUGCAGUAAAAGUAAAUCGAGUCCCGCUGAUCCGGAUUAUUGCCGAAGGAUCCUCGUCCGAGAUGCCAAAGGCUCCAUCCGAGAGAUCAUCCUUCCGAAAGGGCUCGACCUGGACCGUCCCAAGAGGACCCGCACGUCCUUCACGGCGGAGCAGCUCUACAGGCUGGAGAUGGAGUUCCAGCGGUGCCAGUACGUGGUCGGACGGGAAAGGACGGAACUGGCCCGGCAGCUCAACCUCUCCGAAACUCAGGUCAAGGUCUGGUUCCAGAACCGGCGCACCAAGCAGAAGAAAGACCAAGGCAAAGACUCGGAGCUGAAGUCGGUGGUGUCGGAGACGGCGGCCACCUGCAGCGUCCUGCGGCUGCUGGAGCAGGGGCUGCUGCUCCCCCCGCCGGGCCUGCCGGGCCUCCUGCCGCCCUGCGCCACCAGCGCCCUGGGCUCGGCUCUGCGGAUUGAAAUAACAAAAUCAGAAGUGCAGAUUGCGGUGAAUAUGGGAAAUAACGGAGGAAAAAUGGAAGCAAUGGAUUCUCUAGAACUCCCCUAA